AUGAUCGAACGACCAAUCGGAUUCGAGCGUUCCGCCGCCGGGCCGCUCGCACGUGGCAUUCCGCUCCAGACCCACGACGUGAACGAACACAUGCACUUUUACCACGCCGUCGUGCUGCUGGCCACAGCGACAGGUGCCACCGCUCCCGACAGCGCUGUAUGCGAAGCGCUGACGGAAGCGCUUUCGCUGCCGUCGAAACCAUGGACAAUACACAACGCGGAGAAUCUACCGAAACAGACAUGCAUGUCACCACGACAGUCGGUGGCGAGCGGCACCACAAAGGAGAGCGAGGGUGACGCAUCGAUCUUUGGCGACAAGGGCAUGGCACAUGCGAUGACGCGUGUGGGCGAGCUCGAGGCAGAAUUAAUCUACCUUCACGAGGACUUGGCUGCGGUGUUGGCGGAAAUGGACGGCUUGAAGUCCAUGUUGCAAGCCAAAGUGAAGGCGCUCGCCGCAGAGAACAUGGAAUUGAAGCUGCAAGUGAUGGAGUUGCAGGUGCAGCAUGAAAUUGACCAAGACCGCAUCGCAUCGCUGGAAACCAAACGCACAGCCGCCAUGAAGGCCGGGCACUCGGACUCGACCACCGACUGGCAAUCCACCAUCUGGGACUAUUACGACAUUGCUUUACACAAGUCGAAAGGAGCUGUCGAGGCAGUCCAGGCCCAGUCCAAGGAGUUCUACGAGUCGCAUGUGGUCCCCUCCGGCACUCAAGUGGCCCACCAAGCAUCUGUGUGGACCAAGGCUGCAGAGAGUGUGUACACGGAGCAUGCCGCCCAGCGCGUGGGUUCCGUACUCGACCACGUGAAAACGACAGUGGAAGAGCAAUACGCAGCGCACGCCCCGUCAGUCAAGGACGCGUUUUCAAAAGUCAUUGCCAAAGUUGGCGAGGUCUUUGACCCAUAAGCCAUCACAAUGUCAUGUCCUUCCCUGAAAGGAUCGAGAUGGAGACUGUCCUCCUG